CCCUUUGCCAUUACAGGACAACAGCUUGGGGAGGGGGGGGGAGCAAAACUUUUAGCAACUGUAGGACAUUAAAAAGUUCCAUCCAACAGUACAGUUAGGUUUGAAUUUCUUUGUUGGCCCUGAGCUGUCAGAUGUGGAAAUGAUGGAUUCGAGGUACAGUGAGAUACAGCGGAGAGGCGGAGGCGGUGGUGGUGGGAAUAGCGCACAAAGCUGGGGCUCGUUGAGCGGUUCCCCGGCUCUGACCGGCGGGCAGUCUCGCCGAAGGAAGUUGCAGCCACGGCCGGCCGAUUACAAAUUGCAGGUCAUUAUCAUCGGCUCCCGCGGAGUCGGCAAAACCAGCCUGAUGGAGAGGUUCACGGAUGAUACUUUCUGCGAAGCGUGCAAGUCCACUGUUGGGGUUGAUUUUAAAAUCAAAACUGUAGAGCUAAGAGAAAAGAAAAUCAGAUUACAGAUCUGGGAUACAGCAGGGCAGGAAAGAUUCAACAGCAUUACUUCUGCUUACUACAGAGGAGCCAAGGGGAUUGUAGUAGUGUACGACAUUACAAAGCAGGAGACAUUUGACGACUUGCCAAAGUGGAUGAAAAUGAUUGACAAGUAUGCUUCAGAGGAUGCGGAACUUUUACUAGUUGGAAACAAGUUAGACUGUGAAGCUGACAGAAUAAUCACCCGACAGCAAGGCGAAAGGUUUGCCCAGAGGAUAUCCUGUAUGCGAUUCUGUGAAGCGAGCGCGAAGGAUAAUUAUAAUGUUGAUGAGAUAUUUUUAAAACUCGUUGAUGACAUUCUGAACAAGUUGCCUCUAGAACUUCCCAGGAAGGAGCUGUCCAACAGCAUCCUGUCUCUUCAGCCAGAGCCCGAGAUCCCCCCUGAGCUGCCUCCUGCCCGGCCCAACCUGCGCUGCUGCUGAGUGCUCUGUCCUCAAAAAAAAAAAAAAAAAAAAAACAGCAUUGUGAACCAUUCCUUCCAGGCACAUCCAGACAAAUGUCACUGUGGAGGAGGGUGCUAAAGCUUGCUGCCAUUGUGAGAGAUCAACCCUUUUUACUUGUGACUGGAAUUGCACAACAAGGCAUUUCACAUGAACAUGCUAACAAUAGACAAAUUCUCUCUCUCUCUCUCUCUCUCUCUCUCUCUCUCUCUCUCUCUCUCUCUCUCUCUCUCUCUCUCUUGCAAGUGCAUUUGAAAAUAUGCUGCACCUUCAUGCUUGUAAGUCUAUCAGAAUUAAUGACAACUGAGAUGACUGAUUGACAACCAAGUUUGCUGCAUUCAGGGAAGGGAGCUGUUUUACAUAUUUCUCUGGCUUCUUUAUGUAGUUUUGUAAGUCGUUGUAAUAGCCAUUAGUUUACCUCCUCCCACGCACCUGCGUUUUUGACUGAAGCUGGUACGAAUGGUUCAUUUAUCCAUUUUGUACUACAAUCAGUUGGUUGUAGUAUGUAAGAAGGAUACAAGGAUAAACAUCAAUAAAAAUGCUACACAUUAACUUGUAAUAUGAUUUGUGCACCAUAUAUCAUUAGACAGUAUCUUGAGUCAGGAUGUGUAAAUUGUCCUGUAAAAUUUAACUUUUUUUUGUUGUUUUGCUUUUUCAAAUGUAACAUUAAGCCUGUUUCAGUUACAACUGUAGCGCAGAUGAGAAGAGAACAGACAGGCUAAAUAUUAAGGGAUACUGAAGUAUUAUGACAUUGUAAAAAGGACGUACAUUGACUUCAGCACACUUAGUUUAGCCCCAACACAAGCAUUAUUAUUGAAAUACGGUUAUGAAAUUAUAAAAUGAAACUGCACUCUCUGUUUUGGAGGAUUGUACUGAAAUACCUAAAGGCUGUGUUUAGCAGGUGAUGUCACUGCAGUGUGAGAUGCUUUGUUUAUGGCUGAUCCCUACAGUUUGUAUGGCCAGAACAAGCAAAUCAGGCUACUGUUCUACAAAGGGGUGACGAUUUUCAGUCAGUGAAGCACACAGUUCCAUUGUAGGACCUGCCAGUAAGAGAAAUACAAUGUCUUCUUCAGGUAAUUGAUGCACACUUUGCUGAAUGGCAGAGAUUCAUUAGACACUUCCUGUAGUUUGCAUGCGACGUUGCUCCUGGUUACCACAGUCUGCAGCAAGCUGGCAGCUACUCUUGGCUUUGCUAGACUAAUUUACAGGACUUCAGCAUGUUUUGUUGUUCAUCUAAGGUUAUAUAACUUGUAGUGUUUAGGUAAGAUAUGAAGAUUGCCACUCUUGGCUUAUUUUAUCAUGUAAACAGUAUUUCAGCUAUAUUUAAUAAACAUUGGUAUUUGGCAGCAUUGAGGAUUAAUCUCCAAUUAUAUUGACUGGUCUAACAUAGGAUUAUUUAAAGAGAAUGUGUGUUCUGUAUGUAAACAUACACAAACAAACAAAAUACAUAUAGGUCUUUUAAGACAUCAGCCCAGUUUGUAAAGCAUGGAUUGGUUUGCCCAAAAUUUAUAGUGUAGGAAAUAGGAAUGCCCACAGCAAACCGGGGCAUGUUUAUUUUCUCAUACUUUUAGAUGCAGUAUAAUCAUACAUUCUUCUUUAAUUAUUUGUCAAAAUAAAGAUUCUGAAUGUUCAUCUCUCUUUUUGUAUGACUUUAUUGGUGUCAUAUUGCAGGGAAAAAAAAUAUUGUGGUAUUCAUAAACUAAUGUCAAAUAAAGUUUUAUAUUUAUUUCU